AUGUCCGCCCAAGAUCAGCACCAGGGUGAAGAUGAGGACAUGUUUGUGGGCGCCGACGAGGGCGAGGAAAUCGUCAACCGUGAUGAGGACCACCCAAUGGACUCCGACGGAGAGGAAGACCAGCAAAUGAGCUACGAACAAGAAAUCACUCUCCAGAACGACUCUUCCGCUCACUUCGACUCACACAACGACUCCAUCUUCUGCAUUGCGCAACAUCCCAUUCACAACAACAUCAUAAUCACUGGCGCCGGUGAUGACCUCGCUUACAUCUUCGACUCGAGUCCCGCCGAGAAACCCAUACUCCCGCGCAGCUACGAGUCAAACCCCCAGCCGCGUGAGCGUGAGGGCCUGCAGGCUCUGGCUAAACUGGACGGACACUCUGACACCGUCAAUGCGGUAGCCUUCACCGAGCCGGCGGGUGAAUAUGUCGUGACGGCAGGAUUGGACGGCAAGCUGCGAGCCUGGCGGGAUUCGACACCUCAGAAGACAGGAAUCGCGUGGGAGUUUGUGGCCGAGGCCCAGGAGGUGGAGGAGAUUAACUGGGUGGCUGUCUGCCCUUACAGCCAGGGGAGUGAGGAGAAGCGCAAUGUCAUUGCGAUGGGGGCCAACGAUGGUAGUGCCUGGGUCUUCCGAAUUGAUCACACCGACUCGCAGCCUAUUUCUAUCAUUCAGACUUUCUUCCAGCACACUGCUUCUUGCACUGCCGGUGCCUGGUCACCGGACGGAAACCUGCUUGCGACAGUCUCGGAGGACGGAAGCUUCUAUGUCUACGAUGUGUUUGGCGCUGCGGCGGCAGCUGGUAUCUCAGGCUCGCCCGGUACCAACGCCGUCGUCGGUUUGACGGCCGAGGACCAACGGUUCGCCGUGGACGGUGGUCUCUACUCCGUUGCGAUUUCGCCUGGUGGUGGUAUUGCCGCUGUUGGUGGUGCCGAGGGUCACAUCAGGAUCGUCGGUCUCCCUCGUCUUGCGGGCGGUGCGCAGGCUGGCAAGGGCAAAGGCGCAGCUCAAUCUGCUACUGCAUCGACUGCGGGUACUAUCAUUGCUGCGCUCCAAGCUCAGUCAGACGGUAUCGAGACUCUCUCUUUCUCUCAGCCGCCGCUGACCCUCCUCGCCGCGGGUUCCGUGGAUGGCUCAAUUGCGCUUUACGACGCUGCUCACAGAUUUGCCGUUCGCCGGAAUAUCAAGGAGGCCCACGAGGGCAAUGCCGUGGUCAAGGUGGAGUUCCUGCAAAGUCGGGCACCGAUCGCUGCCCCUCGCGCGGGUCCUGCUGCCCAGGGCCAGGCUCGAUCAUGGCUGCUCACCUCCGUUGGACUGGAUGGUGUUGUCCGAAGAUGGGACGCUCGUGGCGGUACCACCGCUGCUGCUAUGGGUCUGUUGAAGGAAUGGAAGGGCCACAUGGGCGCCGCCGAGAACGAGGAUGGCGAGCAGGCCGGUGGCAUUAUGGGAUUUGUGCAAGGCUUUGAUGGCAAGCGCAUUGUCACCGCGGGUGACGAUGGCGUGUCCCUUGUCUUUGAAGAGGAGUAG